AUGCAAGAUCCCGAAAAGUCCGUGCUUCCCGAAAAUCGCCUAUCCCAGAGCAGCGACACGGAGAAAAGAAGCAGCAUUCAGCAAGAUGCUACUGUGGUGAUAACUGCACCUCCUGGGAAUACUAUCGCCGAGGUCGACACUAAGAAGAAGAAGAAGAAGAAGAACGUAGGGUAUGGUUACUACGUGAAACUAUGGAGAUAUGCGACUCCGCUCGAUAUCACUUUACGGAUAUGUGGAUUCUUCGCUGCUUGCGGUGCUGGCGCCGCUCUACCGCUUAUGACUCUGGUAUUUGGUCAUCUCGUGGACGAUUUCAACGACUGGGGCCGGGGAGCACUCUCGCCGGAUCGAUUACAAGCAGCUGUGAACGACAAUGCGUUGUGGUUCGUUUAUCUCUUCAUUGGGAAAUUCACCCUCGUAUACAUCCAUACAACAGCUUUCACUAUAACCGCGACCCGGGCCACGCGUGCCAUCCGGCGGGACUAUAUCCGCUCCCUUCUACGUCAAGACAUCUCAUACUUUGACACUUGCACCCCGGGGUCCGUCGCAACCAGUAUAUCCAACAAUGCCGACAUGAUACAUGCCGGGCUGUCGGAGAAGGUUGGGGUCAUUAUUCAAGGCCUAGCAAUGCUCGUUUCGGCUUUCAUAGUUGCUUUUACAACUGGAUGGAAGCUUACGCUGGUCACUGCCACAACACUCCCAGCAGCUGUCAUUGCAGUUUCCAUCACGAUCGCCCUGGACGCUCGUCUCGAGGCUAAGAUCCUCGAGAUCUACGCAAAGGCUGGAGGGCUUGUCGAGGAAGCUCUUGGCAGCAUUCGCAUCGUGACCGCGUUCGGAGCAUAUGAGAAGCUAACCAAAAAGUACGACGCUUACUUGGAUAUUGCAAAGACCUAUGGCGUAAAGAAAGGACCUGUUCUGGGCACUCAGUACAGCUCAGAGUUCUUCAUGAUGUUCUGUGCCUAUGCUCUUGCAUUCUGGUAUGGGAUUCGUCUGCUCUUGCGUGGAGAGAUCGACAGUGGUGGCACGGUCACGACAGUACUCUUCUCUGUCGUGAUUGGAACAUCCUCGAUCACCAUGAUCGCGCCAUCCAUCGGAGAAGUGGCGAAAGCUAGUGCUGCUGCGAAAGCAGUGCUGGACUUGAUAGCACAAGAGCCUAAGAUCGACCCGGUUGGUAGCGAAGGCCUAAAACCAGAAACAAUUUCCGGACAGAUCACCUUCCAAGGCGUUUCCUUUUCCUACCCAGCGAGGCCAACUUUGAGAGUCCUGGAGGACCUCAGCCUCGAGUUUGAGGCUCGCAAAGUCACAGCGAUUGUCGGCGCUAGUGGUUCGGGAAAGUCAACCGUCGUGGGUUUGACAGAACGUUGGUAUGAUCCUCUAGAGGGCAGGAUCUGCGUUGAUGGACACGAUAUCAAGGACCUCAAUGUGCGAUGGUUGAGAAGCCAGAUAGGCCUUGUGCAACAGGAACCAGUUUUGUUCAAUGACACGAUUUACAACAAUAUCGUUCACGGUCUUUAUGGUACGGAGAUGGACGACCUGCCAGAGAUCGAAAAGCGAAAACUUGUUCAGAGCGCAUGUGUCGAGGCCAACGCGGAUAGCUUCAUUCAAAACCUACCUGAAGGCUACGACACGAAGGUUGGAGAGCGAGCAGGGUUCAUUAGCGGUGGCCAGAAACAGAGAAUUGCAAUUGCCAGGAGCAUCAUUUCCAACCCUAGGAUCCUUCUUCUGGACGAAGCAACUUCGGCGCUGGACCCGAAAGCGGAGGGCGUUGUACAGGCAGCCCUUGACAGAGUUUCUCAGACCCGCACCACCGUCAUGAUUGCACAUAAACUAUCUACUGUUCAGAAGGCUGACAAGAUCAUUGUCAUGAACCAGGGUCGUGUAGUUGAGCAAGGGACACAUGAGUCUUUGCUUGCAGCUGAAGGCGCUUACUCGCGUCUAGUCAAAGCCCAGAACUUGGAUGCAAUGGAUGACAGCGAAGACCAACUGGACUCUGACAAGAGCAAAGAAGCCAACACUGGUGGUCUGGACUUGGACAAGGUUCAAACGACCAGAUCGACAGUUAGCGUCAAAUCCGCGCUCAAAUCUGAGGACGUCUCUCGCAAGUUGUCCUUGUUCAAAUGCUUGAUCAUCAUCUUCUACGAACAGCGACGAGUGUGGCGGCUCUUGCUUGGCGGCUUGAUUGCUUCCGUUGCUGCUGGUGCGGUGUUCCCUGCACAAGCGGUGCUGUUUUCCAGAGUUGUUACGGUAUUCCAACUGCCUGAGAACCAAUUGGAAUCGCGAGGAAACUUCUGGUCUCUGAUGUUCUUCGUACUAGCUUUGGGCACGCUCUUCUCAUAUGCCUCGUUGGGAUUCUUUCUGACCGUCGCUGCGUUCCUGAUCACUCGAUUCUACCGCAGCGAAUACUUCAGUGCUAUGCUUCGGCAGGACAUUGCUUUCUACGACCUGGAGGGAAAUUCAUCCGGCGCUUUGACAUCUCGACUCUCGACAGAUCCACAAUGUUUGCAGGAUCUUGUGUCGUCCAAUCUUGGUCUAAUUUUGAUCGUUCUGGUGAAUCUGCUUGGCUCCUGCACUUUGGCUUUAGCUGUUGGCUGGAAGUUAUCCUUGGUCGCAAUUUUUGGCUGUCUACCUGCAUUGUUCUUUGCUGGUUUCAUGAGAAUGAGACUGGAGAUGCAAAACCAGGACAAAAAUGCAAAGAUCUACCAGGAGAGCGCCCGGUUUGCUUCCGAAGCGGUGGGGGCUAUUCGAACGGUCUCAUCCUUAACUUUGGAGACCAAGGUACUUGACAGUUAUGGGGAAAGGCUCAAUGACUCUGUCAGAAAAGCUUACAAGCAUACAAUCUUUUCCAUGGGCCUCUUCGGCCUGUCGGACAGCCUUGAUCUUGUCGCAAUGGGCCUGGCAUUCUGGUAUGGAGGGAGGCUUCUCUCCCAAGGAGAGUAUAAUGCGACCGACUUCUUUCUCAUCUUCGUCGCGAUUAUCUUCGGUGGCCAGGCGGCUGGUUUCCUUUUUGGCUUCACCCUCAAUACUACUAAAGCCCACGCCGCAGCAAACCAAAUCCUCCAUCUUCGAAAACAAAAACCACCAAUCAACAGCUCCACCGGAAAUCCCAUCCCUUCAAAUGACACAACAGAAACCGCAAUCGAAUUCCGAAAUGUCCGAUUCUCGUACCCUACCCGGCCCGAGCUCCCAGUCCUCCGAGGCUUGAACUUCAAGAUCUACCAUGGCCAAACAAUCGGCAUCGUCGGCGCCUCUGGCUGCGGCAAAACCACCAUUAUCACCCUCCUUGAACGCUUCUAUGACAUCACUUCCGGCCAGAUUCUGAUCCAUGGCGGAUCUCUGUCGACUUUGGACGUGAAGUCUUACCGCUCGACUGUCGGGCUUGUAUCUCAGGACACAACGCUGUAUCAAGGCUCGAUCCGCGAGAACAUCCUCCUCGGUAUGCCGGAUGGUGAGGUUUCCGAGGAGACCUUGAUCGAAGCAUGUAAGUCCGCCAACAUCCACGCCUUCAUUUCUUCCUUGCCGGAAGGUUACAACACCGACGCCGGAUCUCGCGGACUCGCUUUAUCCGGGGGUCAACGCCAACGCAUCGCCAUCGCGCGGGCCCUUGUCCGAAAUCCAGCGAUUCUUCUUCUUGACGAAGCGACGAGUGCCCUGGACACCCAAAGCGAGGAGGUGGUGCAGAAGGCGCUGGAGACCGCCUCGAAAGGGAGGACCACCGUUGCGGUCGCGCAUAGAUUGUCCACGGUGAGGGGUGCCGAUCGUAUCUUUGUGCUGGACAAUGGGAAAGUGGUUGAGGCGGGGACGCAUGCGGAGUUGGUGAAGAGGAGGGGCAGGUAUUGGGAGAUGGUGCUGGCGCAGAGUCUGGAUCGAGAGGCGAAAUGA